UGUUCUUCAAAUGGAAUCACAAUAAAAAUAAGAGAAUUGAAAAUUCCGCUUGAAACAUAUGAUCUCUUUCUUUGAGAAAGAAAGAGUGAGAAAAACGAGGAAUUAGAAUUGACAAUUUGAGAAUAGAAUUUGUUUUUUUCUGUUAAUUGUGUUUUUCCUUCUUAAUUAUGGUUCCUCAGAGAUUAAUUUUUCGAUCUAUUAAAAGAAGUCAUGAUCUUUUCGUCAAUGAUCAGGGUUGUGUUCCAGCUGAAGAUCCUCAAGCUGAUAAAAUAAGUAAAUCUAUCAGAGCGGUUGACCAAUAUGGACCCAUCAUUGAUUUGGUUGAUUUAAAGACUCCAAACAAAUUAAAAGAUUUCUCUUCACCUUCUAAAUCUUCAAUUAUCAAUUCAUCACAUUCUCAAUCACUGGUUCUUCAUAGUAAACAAAAUGAAUCACCGAUCAUGGAUCAGAAUAAUCAAAAAUCGGUUGUCUUAUCUUCUGGUGGUGUUAUUAUCCCUCGUAAGGCACCGGUUAUGCCGAAACCUCAAUGGCAUGCACCAUGGAAAUUAGCUCGGGUUAUUAGUGGUCACACGGGAUGGGUUAGGUGUUUAGCAAUUGAUCCGGCAAAUGAAUGGUUUGCUUCUGGUUCAACUGAUAGAUUGAUCAAAAUUUGGGAUUUAGCCAAAGGAACACUUAAGUUAACACUUACCGGUCAUAUUUCACCAGUUCGCGGGUUGGCCAUCAGUUCACGACAACCUUACCUUUUCUCAUGUGGUGAGGAUAAAAUGGUUAAAUGUUGGGAUCUCGAAUAUAAUAAAGUAAUCCGACAUUAUCAUGGACAUUUAAGUGCCGUUUAUGCAAUUGCUUUACAUCCUGAUAUUGAUAUUCUGGUAACUGGAGGUCGAGAUAAAGUUGGCCGUCUCUGGGAUAUGAGGACUAAAGCUCAAAUUCAUUCAUUAAGUGGCCAUGAUGAUACAAUUGCUUCAAUUCAAUCUCAAACAGCUGAUCCUCAGGUAAUCACAGGAUCUCAUGAUAGUACAAUCAGAUUAUGGGACAUUGUUGCCGGUAAAACAAUGGUCACUUUAACUCACCAUAAGAAAAGUGUUCGUGCUCUUCAAUUUCAUCCAACAUAUAACAUGUUUGUCUCUGGUGCUCCCGAUAAUAUUAAACAAUGGCUUUGCCCUGAAGGACAAUUUAGCCAAAAUUUAAGUGGACACAAUAGUGUUAAUUGUUUAGCAGUAAAUGAAGAUGAUGUUCUAGUUUCGGGAGGUAAUGAUGGUUCCCUUUUCUUCUGGGAUUGGAAGACUGGUUAUAAUUUCCAGAAGAUUAAAUCAAUUCCUCAACCUGGUUCCAUGGAAUCGGACAAUGCCCUGUUCGCAUGUACCUUUGACAAGAGCGGCUCUCGAUUCAUUACCGGCGAAUGUGAUAAAACCAUCAAAAUGUACAAAGUGGACGAAGAAGCGACCGAAGAAACUUUCCCGAUCAACUGGAGACCCGGAAUUUUCCGGCGAACCUUGUAAACUAAUAUUUUUUUAAUUCUCUGCUUUUGAUUGUGAUUUUUUUUGUUCAUUACUCGAAACAAAAAAAAAGAUUCAAUUUCAAAUAAUUUCAUUUAAUAAAUUUUAAAUAAUGAUCAAAAAA